AAACUCAUAAACUGAACUAUCUUUAUGUAUGGAAUAAAGCACUUGUAGGCACGACGUGCGUGAAGUUAGAUGCACCUAAUACAUAGCAGAAAUGGCUGUUACUUUGAGGGUACAUAAAGGAGUUUACAUGAGGAAAAGAUUCUACAUUUUAAACCUGGAAGAGUUUACACCAUUAACAUAGGUCACGUGACUAUAGCCAAGAGACCAUUUAAUUGCUGUUCUUCAGAAAAGGCUAGUGGUGAAAUAUAAGGGUGAAAAUGUGUAGCAUUUAUUUGCCUAAAAAAAUUAAAUAUAUAAAAUAAUUUUCACAUUUUCUAGUUUAAGCAAUGCCACUGACAGACACUAGAGUUUAGAAUAUAUUUUAGAUGGUUUUAUGAUUUUCAGGAUUUUAAGUUUUUUAAAAGAUUAUUUUAAAGAUUAGAAUUACUGUCAAAGUAGGUUGCGCAGUGAUGCAGCUCAGCUCGAGUUCCCGGUUCAAUCUUUAUUCCAGAUUACUGUCAAUGUUGUGCAUAUUCCCUCGUAGUCUAUGUGGAUGUCCUUCCUGUACCAUUUCCGUCAUAGGCUUUGGAUCCACCACAAUCCACAAGAUAACUGUUUGAUUAUCAUCUGGACAAAAUGUUCAUGCCAAUAUUUAAUCAAAUAUAGUAUUCCAGAGUAGGCAGCAAGCUGGCCGAGUGGGUAGCACAGCCGCCUCAUAGGUCUAGGGUUCCAGGUUAGAUCCUUAGCCUGUGCCCAUGAGGAAUUCCUCCCGGUGUUUGUUUUCCCCCACCUCCCAAAAACUUUUCAAUAGGUGCAUUGGCUAAGAUAAAGUUCACUUAGAUGUGAAUGUGUGUGUAUGGUGCCCUGCAAUUGUUCAGCAUCCACAUCCUGCGAUAGGCUGUGGAUCCACUGAGGCUCUGAUCUGGAUAAAGUGAUUACUGAGUGAAACUGCUUGUGCUAUAUGUGAUAUAAGUGAUGGAGUAAGUCUACAACAAAUGUAAGCAAAUUUACUCUGUAAAUGAUAUACUCUUUGGUAAUUAUACAGAAAGUUUUUUUCCUGUUAUUAUGUUGUGUGUUAGUGCUUUACAUCCUGUUAAUCUUAUGGGCUAAUAGAAUUUAUUUAUUCAUUUGUUUAUUAAGUAUUACUAUUAAGUACAGGCUGUUGUACUAUUAACUGCAAACACAUAACAUAGCUAGUAAGAAAAAAAAAAAAAAAAGUUAUUUAUUUUGCAUUUCCAAACAUGUACUCCUCAUGUUACUCGACGUAUGUGGGUAUUGAAUACUACUGUGUUUCUGUGGAUAUGUAAGCAGAUUAAGUCUUAGUUAAUAGGAUUAGAAUGUUCCACACACUGAAAUGUAUCUUUAAAUAGUCAGGACAAAAUGUCAGGACUGCUACUGUGAAAACAUCUAUGUGUGUUUACCCUGAAAUUUUUCCAUUAUAAACUACUGAGAAUGAUUUGGAUGUCUUUUUGGAAAAUUCCAGGUAAGUAAUAAGAUCUGACUCAUUAUGUAUGUAGAUAUAUUGUGCAUUAUGUUUUAGCUAAAAGUCUACAGCAUCAGUGCAUUAGUAUUUUAGACCAAUGAACAAUUAAUAUAUAGCUGGUAAUUUAAUUUGCUUAUCAGCUACACAUUCUUGAAAAAAAGGUUCCAUUUAGCAUCCUAAAUGGUUCUUCAGUUUGUCCCUCUGUGAGAACACUUACUGCUUUAAUGAGGUCUCCAAAGGUCUCCUGAGAGAACUUUUUGGCUGAGUAUAUGACUAUGGUUUGUACUAUAUGUAUUAAACUCUUAUAUAAGGAUUUCCUGAAGUAUUUUGGAUAGUUAAGGGGUCUUAUCUAUGUAAACGGCUGCUUCUUGAUGCCUGUCAUGGCACUCAUUCCUUUACCCUUUCUUUAGCACCAUCUUGUGGCAGUUGUAGAUGGAACAGGCAUCGGGGACAAAAUAAUGCCCUCUCUGAAAGGCAAACCCUCUGUUAAUUGGUUUUACCUAGAACCUUUAAGAACCUUUUUUUCUAAGUGUGUACAUAUUUAUGCAGAAUAAGGAGGAAGCAUUGUAAUUUAUCACUCUGAGUAAUAACUGACUAAUGUUAUGGAUAUUAAUUGUUAAACGUACUGCAAAAUUGCAUCACAGAUCACAACAGAAGACAUGGCGGAUGUGUUGAAGAGUCUUAACCUCCUGGAGACCCUGAAAGAGUCUAUUGAGAAGAACAACAUUUCAGACAUAAAGGAUGCUGUUGAAGACCUAUUGAUAAGUCGUAUCAAUAUUGCAGUCACUGGGGACAGAGGUCCAGAGAAAACAGCAUUUAUUAACUCUCUCAGGGGGCUUGGUGUUGGUGAUGAAGGGGCAGCUCUCUGCCCAUCCACUGCAGCCCGAGAAGAAUUGGCUGUAUUCCCAAAUCACAAGCAUCCAGAUUUCCGUCUGUGGGAUUUGCCCAUGAUCCCCAAUGAUGAGUCUUUUGACCCUGAGAUCUAUAUUGAGCGCAAUAAAAUCCUACGGUAUAACAUCGUGAUCAUGACCUUUACUCAAAAUCCUAGUCCAAGCAUUGUGGCUGUCUGGAGAGAGGCACGUUCGCUGCAGAAAGAAGCCUUGUACUUUGCUUUAUUGGCAUCUGAAAAGGACACUGAGAAAAGCCUGGAGGCCAAAAGACAAGCUAGCCUGGAAGUGCUGAAAGCUGAAGGAGUGGCUUUGCCAAAAGUCUUCCUUGUGCAUCCCUCUGCUUUGGAAAAACUGGACUUCCUAAAGCUCUUAGAGGUAAUGCAGGGUGACCUUCCAGAAGUAAGGGCCUUUGCCCUUCUGCUGGCUUUGCCUACCUUCUCCACUACCAUAGUAUCCCAGAAAAAGGAUGUCUUCAAGGCUCUGGGGUGGGCUGCAGCCUCAAUUUCUGGUGGGGUUUCUGCUAUUCCUGUACCCAUGGUGGCAUCUAUGGUGGAUGCAAGUAUUGCUGUAAGGAUCUUAACAAAGGCCCAGAUGUCUCUCUGCCUGGACAAUGAGUCUGUGGAGAGGAUUGCACGGCAACGGGGCAUUGACUCUGCCAAGCUCAAGGCAAUACGGACAUGCAACCUGUCAGUGGAGGUCAGCAAGAGCGAAGUUAAGAAGAGGCUUGCAGCAGCUGAGAAGGACACCAUCACAGCCACUAAGAGACUGGUGGAACUGGCCAUGCCACGGCAAGCCAGAGCUGUGAGUCAUUCCUUUACUGUCAUGUUGCAAACCAUCAACUCUGCCAUUGAUGAUAUGAGUGCUGAUGCUGAGAAGAUUGUAGCUUUAGCAACAGGGGAGUCACAGUGACUGGCAAAAUUCUACCAUUGUUCCAAAACUGUAAUGCGUUUGAUGAAAGACUUGCACAGGGCUCAGACAGUGAAGACUUAAUUGCUUUGCUUGCAACAUGGUGGCUACAGAUAAAAUUUAAACGAAACCCACCCUGUUUUCAUGGUUUCCUGCUCAACUGAGUAGGUUUUACAGGAAACUACCUGCAUGUUACUAGCAGCAAGAUUUACAUUUACAUAUAUAGCAUUUGGCAGAUGCCCUUGUACAGAGCAACUGACAUUCUCAUUUAAACAUUUGAGCAGUUGAGGGUGUCUCAUUGAGGGUGCCUUCAAUGAUACACCAGUGUACCUGUUGACCUGUAUAGGGUAGAGCUUAAGCAGUUGAGAAAAGAGGUCAUCAUUUCUUAUAUAUAAAGUACAAUGAUGCUCAGAACACAAUAGGCAAAAACAUUUGUACACAAACACCUCCUCAGUAGGUGCACUUGCACUUUACUCUCAUUGUAAGUUUUAGAUUUGUCAUGUCAGCUAUUGAACUCCUGAUGUUUAUAAAAAGGACAGUUUUAGUCAAUUAUAUUUAAACCCUGUUGGAACUACCAUCACUCAUAGCAUCUCUCCUCAAAUCUAGCACUGCAAAACAGGUUUGCUUAGCAACAAGGUCUCACAAAGUUCCACAUAUAGUACUAAAAGACCAGCCAGCAUGUUCAUAACACUUGUAUGAAUUGUACUUCUGAUGCGUAGUUGUUGUAUAAUCCCAUAGAGCAUGCAUAUGACAUUAAUCUGUUUUAAUCCAUUGUGUUUACAGAAAACCUGUACUUUAUCUCCAGCAUAAGUGAUUUGUUUAUAUUUUAGUGUUUAAUAUAUAUUGUGUAUAUUGUAGUUUAUGUAUGUUUAUGUUAUAUAAAGUAUUUUAUAUUCUAUUGUUCUAGUUUUGAUUUUGUUCACAUUAAACUUUUGUAUUAAUAACAAGUAUCAUAGAAAAAUGUUCACAUUGACCUUACCUGUAGCAUUUUCUAUAUAUGAUGGAUAUCAGUGUCUUUUAAGCGUUUGUCAGCUGACAUACAUAGAAGAUAGUAAAAGUGUAGUACCCUAGUAACCAUCUGGAAUGCCACAUUAACCACCUAGCAACACCAUAGCAAGCAUCUGGAAUGCCACAGCAACAAGCUAUCAAUAUCCUAGCAACACAUUAUCAACAGCAGUGAUUGUUGAUAACUUUGGUGAUAUAAGCUGCACAAUCACGCUGCAUUUUCUUGAGGAAUAUGCACUCUUCUUGUUUUAACUAUCAGCUUCUGAUGUUUUUGAUGCCAUUACAAAUACUACAAUACCCAGAAUUACUGUCUUCUCCCAGCCAUUCAGAAACUCAGGUAUAUUUUAAACACAGAAAGUACCGUGCCGCUGAAGGUUUUGAGGAAAGUUUCUGUAUCCAUUAGAAUACUGUGCUCCCACAUAUAACAAUAGCCUAAUAUAUUAAAAGCUACAUAAAGGUUAUAUAAAACUACAGUAGCUACCUAGCUAUCUGUACCGAAAAAAUAUAACACACCAAUUUGCACACACAUGAUGAUUUUAAAUGUAGGGUUUACAGCCACUUGACCGUCCGUCUAUAUGGCUUUGACCAGAAGCCCAUCCCCAGGUCAUGUGUCUUGUGUGGAAAGGUCCUUAACCCUUUGAAGUUUUACGUUAAUGUUUUUAAGAGCACAUUAACACUUGUCCACCACACAUCCAUGUAGAGUUACAAGAAAAAAUUACCAUAUGACUCAUAUCAUUUUGUUGAAUCUUAAUUUAAGUCAUAAUAACAGACAAACCCAUUCCACCUAAAUUUCUGGUAAGAAAUUGUACACUGGUUAAACAUUCAUAGUCUAGGUUUUAAAAUCUAUGUAAAGUCAGGAUGGAGUCAGGCUGAUUCUUAAGGAAGGUGCUCAUCUGAACCUUGCCUGUGAACCAUGCUGUGAUUAAAAGGUUCAGAGGACACGGUGGAGGAAACAUGGUUUAGGGCUGCUUUACUGCCUCUUGACCUGGAGAGAAUAUGAUCAAUGAGGGAAUGAUGAAUUAAAAAUUGAAUUAAGAACUUCUACAGGAGAAUGUGAGGGUAGUGCUCCACAACUGAUAAGUUUACUGUGAACACUCCACUUUCUCUGUAUCCUGGUUCCUGUGUUGACACAUUUUUCUCUUUGUUCCUCUGUUGACUCAGGUGUGGACAGAUGAAGCCCCUUACCAUUUGCGCAUUCCUUUGUCUCCCCAAAUACCAUUUGCGUGCAUUUACAUACCUCCCUGAAUAACAUUUGCUUGCAUUCCUAUGACUUCCUGAAAACCAUAUAUGGUGUUGUUCCUGUCUUAAAUUGAUAUGGUUCCUGUUAUAUUCAAAUAUGCCCUUCCGCCUAGCCUAUCAAUAGUUAACCCAUUGUCUCUGUUGUGUGUCAAGCAUGAUGUAUUCUCUGCCUGUCUUUGAAUAA